AUAAAAAGCGGGUUAAUUUCACACACAAUAAUUGAUAAUACACCGCUAUCAAUUAGUUAAAUAAUUAAAAAACAAUUUUAACUUUAUAGGUUAGUAAAAUGCAGUCCGUUUUAAGCAGAAGUUUUAAAAUCGCCCGUCAGACCUUGCAUGUGCGGCAAAUUGCAUCGCUCUCCGCGUUGUCGGAGACGCACCAGAUGCUCCAAAAAACUUGCCGUGACUUUGCGAACUCUGAACUGGCGGGUCAAAAUGCGGCCAAAUUCGAUCGCGAACACCUUUAUCCUGCGAAACAGAUCAGGCAAAUGGGCGAACUAGGCCUCAUGGCGGUGGCUGUGCCCGAGGAGCUCGGCGGAACCGGGUUGGAUUAUCUGGCAUAUGCCAUUGCCAUGGAGGAGAUCUCACGUGGUUGCGCCUCAGCGGGCGUUAUUAUGUCUGUGAAUAAUUCACUGUAUUUGGGCCCAUUGUUGAGCUACGCAAAUGCUGCCCAAAAGGCUGCCUACAUCACACCGUAUACGACGGGCGAGCGUGUGGGUUGCUUUGCGCUGUCCGAGCCGGGCAACGGGUCCGAUGCGGGCGCUGCGUCAACUGUUGCCACGGAAAAGGGCGAUCAUUAUGUGCUGAACGGCACCAAGGCGUGGAUAACCAAUGCAUUUGAGGCAGAGGCGGCUGUUGUCUUUGCCACCACCAACAAGCAGCUGAAGCACAAGGGCAUCUCCGCAUUUAUAGUACCUAAGGGCAUUAAAGGUUUCUCACUGGGCAAAAGGGAGGACAAGCUGGGUAUACGUGGCUCCUCCACCUGUCAGCUCAUAUUCGAAGACUGCGAAAUACCCAAGGAGAGUCUGCUGGGCGAAACGGGCUUUGGCUUUAAGAUUGCCAUGCAAACGCUGGACGCUGGACGUAUUGGCAUCGCCAGCCAGGCCCUGGGCAUUGCACAGGCCUCACUGGAACUGGCCGUUGACUAUGCGCAGAAGCGUCAGGCCUUCGGCAAGCCCAUUUCCAAGCUGCAAGCCAUACAGCAAAAGAUUGCCGACAUGUCCCUGGCUGUGGAAUCAGCCCGUCUGUUGACAUGGCGCGCCGCCUGGCUAAAGGAUAACAAGCUGUCCUAUACGAAAGAGGCGGCAAUGGCCAAAUUGGCUGCCUCCGAAGCGGCUACACUGUGCGCCCAUCAGUGCAUCCAAGUCUUGGGCGGCAUGGGCUAUGUAACUGAUAUGGCAGCGGAGCGACAUUACCGAGAUGCGCGCAUAACCGAAAUAUACGAGGGCACCUCAGAGAUUCAACGCCUGGUCGUGGCGGGCUCAAUACUCAAGGAGUACGCUAAUUAAUACUGGCAAUUCCUUUUUUUAAAGAUAUUUUAAAGCACAAAGUCUAAAUGCAAUAAAGUCUCGAGUCGACUAAAAUGUAC